CUCCCUGCUUCACUUCAGAUCUCACACUCUGAAACUCUCCCUCUCUCUCUCUCUCUCUCUCUGGUCUUUCUCUGGGUUUGUCCAUGGCUUCCCCUGGUAAUCCCAACCACCAACAGCUGCAACACCCCCAGCAGCCAUUGGACAUGCAGAGUUUCUUCAAACCCACAAAUCCCUCGCCUCCACAAUUACCGCUACCCAAUCCCGGCGGUGCUUCUACCCCAAACCCUCCAAAUCUAAACCCUUCCGCGCCCCUCCCGCCAUCCUCCGGCCCCUACUCCUACCCUCUCCAAUCCGCACCGUUUCACAACCCCAACCCUUUCCACCACCAUCAACCCUAUCCUUACCAUCCCCACUUGCAGCACCAACGCUCCCUUUCUUACCCCACCCCUCCUCUCCAACCCCCCAUCUCUUCCUCUUCCUCUUCCUCUUCUCCUAACCCCAAUGCUAACUCCGGAGCCCGCCUUAUGGCCCUCCUCAACCCCAAUCUUGACCUCCCUUCUCAUCAGGCCCCGCUAGCCCCUCCUAACCCUCCCUCCUCUUCUUCUUCUUCUUCUUCUUCUUCUGCGAUGAUGAGUUUCAUACCCCCAUCCGUCGGACCUCGCCCGAUUCGGUUACCCAGCAGUAAGCUUCCCAAGGGCCGACAUUUGGCCUCCGAACACGUGGUCUACGACGUGGAUGUUCGGUUGCAAGGCGAGGUACAUCCACAACUGGAGGUCACUCCCAUUACCAAGUACCAAUCCGAUCCUCAGCUCGUCUUCGGCCGCCAGAUUGCGGUCAACAAGUCUUAUAUCUGCUACGGAUUGAGGCAGGGCAAUAUCCGUGUCCUUAAUAGCAUCACUGCCUUGCGUUCUUUGCUUCGAGGCCACACUCAGAGGGUCACAGACAUGGCUUUCUUUGCCGAGGAUGUUCACCUUUUGGCUAGUGUUGGGAUAGAUGGACGGGUUUAUGUAUGGAAGAUUUCUGAAGGCCCAGAAGAAGAAGAUAAGCCUCAGAUUACAGGAAAUGCUAUUGUUGCGAUCCAAAUUAUAGGAGAGGAGGGAGCUUCUCAUCCACGAGUUUGUUGGCACUGCCACAAACAAGAAAUUUUGGUUGUUGGGUUUGGAAGACGUAUUUUUAGAAUUGAUACUACAAAAGUUGGAAAGGGUGAAGUGUAUUUGGCUGAGGAACCUCUCAAAUGUCCUGUUGAUAAGAUCAUUGAUGGGGUCCAGUUGGUUGGUAACCAUGAUGGAGAAGUAACUGAUUUGUCGAUGUGCCAGUGGAUGACCACCCGUUUGGUUUCUGCUUCUAUUGAUGGCACGGUAAAGAUCUGGGACGAUCGCAAACAUGUUCCACUUGCUGUAUUCAGACCACAUGAAGGGCAGUCUGUUUGUUCGGCGACGUUUUUAACUGCUCCCCAUCGGCCGGAUCACAUCAUACUUAUCACUGCGGGGUCACUGAAUCGAGAAGUGAAACUGUGGGCCUUGACAAGCGAAGAAGGCUGGCUACUGCCGAGUGAUGCAGAAUCAUGGAAGUGUACUCAGACAUUGGAGUUGAAGAGUACAGAUGAACCUCGAGUUGAAGAGGCAUUCUUCAAUCAAGUCUCAGCAUUGUCUCAAGCAGGCCUUCUCUUACUUGCAAAUGCCAAGAAGAAUGCUAUAUAUGCUGUACACUUAGAAUAUGGUCCUAAUCCAGCAGCAACCCGCAUGGAUUACAUAGCGGAGUUCACAGUCACCAUGCCUAUUUUGAGUUUUACGGGAACAAGUGAUAUAUUACCUCACGGUGAACAUAUUAUUCAGGUUUAUUGUGUCCAGACACAGGCUAUUCAGCAAUAUGCUUUGGACUUGGCCCAGUGCUUACCCCCACCGUUGGAGAUCAUGGGGUUAGAAACACUGGAUUCAAAUGUCCUGCGUGAUGCAUCUAGUGCUGAAGGAUUUGCUGCUUCAGACCUAUCUGGAAAUAAACCAAAUGAGGCACUGCCCUUAGCUGGUUCAGCACCCAAACAAAAUAUACAAGGAAGUAGCUCUGAGUGUGCAACUUCAGUGAGAUAUACUGUAAGCUCUAGUUCUGCCGAGGCAGCCACUUCAAAAGAAAUUAACAGUUUCAGUAUGGAAUCUAAGCCUGUAGCACUGACACCUGUAAUUAGUGAUGGUGAUGGUGUUUGUGUCACAUCACUGCCUAUUCCUUUGACUCCUAGGUUGUCUAGAGAGCUUUCUGGUUUUCGGAGUCCAACAAGUAACUUUGAACAAAAUCCCCCACUCAGUAUCCAUGUUGGAGAUCAACCAGUUAAUGAUUAUUUGGUUGACAGGCUAGUGGACACCAUUCGUGCAAACUCGUCUGAUGUGCCUUCAUUGGAUGAUGACUCUAGGAAUGAUAAGGCAAAAAUUACAUCAAAUGCACAGGAUGAUUUGUCAACUGUGAUUAAUCCUCAUAUCAUGUUCAAACAACCAACUCAUCUGGUUACUCCCUCUGAGUUGAAAGUCAAUUCAUCCUCUGGAACAACUAACAUUCUUGAAAUCAAGAGCGAGGGAGAGACAAGCAUCCAGGAUGUGAUUGUGAACAGUGAUGUGGGUAAUACUGAGGUUGAGGUGAAAGUAGUUGGUGAAACAAGAUCCACACAGAGUGAUGGAUUUGGUCCUCGAAGAGAUUCUCAAAAUCUUUUGGUAGAGAAUAAGGAAAAGUUCUUUUGCUCACAGGCUUCAGAUCUUGGUAUUGAGAUGACCCGAGAAUGCUGUGCUAUAUCAUCUGAAACCUACAUUGUGGAGGAAGCUCGGCAAGUUGAUGGUGUUGGUGUAAUGGAGCAACUGGGCCAACCUCCAAAUGCUGAUGAGGAAGAAGUACAUGACUCCACAAAAAAUUUGCCUGGGAAGGAUUCUGAGUCAUCUACGUCCGCACAAGUUCUGCUUUCAUCGACACCAAAUUUAAAAGGAAAAAAACAGAAGGGUAAAAGUUCUCAAGCUUUGGGUCCAUCUUCCCCACCUCCAAGUGUUUUUAAUUCAACAGAUUCUUUGAAUGAACCAAGUGGGAGUACGAGUCUCCCCUCUGGUGAAGCUGCUUUUUCUCAAAUUUUGGCCAUGCAGGAGAUGCUUAAUCAGAUCAUGACAAUGCAAAAAGAAAUGCAGAAGCAGAUGACAACAAUGAUUUCUGUUCCAGUUAGCAAAGAAGGUAAAAAACUAGAGACAAAUCUAGGGCGUAGUAUGGAGAAGGCUGUCAAAGCCAAUACAGAUGCUUUGUGGGCUCGCUUUCAAGAAGAGAAUGCAAAAAAUGAGAAGUUAUUGCGAGACCGUACACAGCAAAUAACAAGUUUGAUUAAUAACUUCAUGAAUAAAGACUUGCCGAUGAUGUUAGAAAAAGCAGUGAAGAAGGAAAUGACGGCUGUAGGACCAGCUGUAGUUCGCUCAAUUACUCCGGCCAUUGAGAAGACAAUAUCUUCAGCUAUUGCGGAGUCUUUUCAGAGAGGAGUCGCUGAUAAGACAGUGAAUCAUCUGGAGAAAUCUGUCAAUUCAAAACUUGAAGCUACUGUUGCUAGGCAAAUCCAAGUACAGUUUCAAACUGCUGGCAAACAAGCUCUUCAGGAUGCUUUAAAAUACAGUUUGGAAACAUCAGUAAUUCCUGCCUUUGAGAUGUCAUGUAAAGCUAUGUUUGAGCAAGUAGAUGCUACCUUUCAGAAAGGCAUGGUUGAACAUACGACUGCAGCUCAGCAUCACUUUGAGUCUGCCCAUUCUCCAUUGGCACUUGCUCUAAGGGAUGCCAUUAAUUCAGCAUCAUCUGUGGCUCAAACCUUAGGUGGAGAAUUGCUUGAGGGUCAGAGAAAGCUAUUAUCUCUUGCAGCUUCAGGAGCAGACUCAAGUGCAGUAAAUCCCUUGGUCUCCCAACUGAGCAAUGGACCUUUGGGUGGUCUCCAUGAUAAGGUCGAGGUUCCCGUUGAUCCAACAAAGGAGCUAUCAAGAUUGGUAUCUGACCGCAAAUAUGAGGAGGCUUUCACUACAGCCCUACAAAGAAGUGAUGUUUCCAUAGUAUCCUGGUUAUGUUCUCAGGUUGAUCUUAGGGGGAUUUUGUCAAUGGUUCCGCUUCCUUUGAGCCAGGGAGUGCUGCUUUCUCUUUUGCAGCAGUUAGCAUGUGAUAUAAGUAAUGAUACACCACGAAAACUUUCUUGGAUGACAGACGUGGCUAACGCCAUAAUCCCAGCAGACCCAAUGAUUGCUGUGCAUGUGCGGCCCAUCUUUGAUCAAGUCUAUAAGAUACUAAACCACCAACGUAGUUUGCCUACAAUUACUGGUGCUGAGCUCUCAAGUAUCCGCCUCCUCUCGCAUGUCAUUAACUCCAUGCUGAUGACCUGUAAAUGACUCUUACCUUCUCUGCACUGUUGUGCAAAACGCAUGAGGCAAGAGUGUUAUUUUUUUUUUUUUUGUUGGUACAAAGGGAGGGAGGGAGGGUUCCAACCGUGUAAAAUUGUCUUUAGAAUAUGUGAUCAAAGAAAAAUAGGCUAGGUUUUCCAGACUCAUUUUAAAUUUGGUUUUACUUGUCAAAGUUUUCUGCCGAAAUGGAAUUUUGCAUUUUGAAGAUCA